GGAGCGCACAUUCACACGCAGGCUUUUACCAUCAACACCUUUCACCUCUUUCAGCCCAUUUAAAAGUCUUUACCAGCGAACCGUAUCGACUGCAACAGGAACUUUAGUCUUUGCAAGAAAAAAAAGAAGAAGAAUAUCGUUAUGUCUUUUGAGGCAAAAGACAAGACUGAAGUCCGUCUGGUGUUUCUAGGUGCAGGUGGAGUUGGGAAGACAGCCCUCAUCCAGCGGUUCCUCAAGGACACGUUUGAGACGAAGCACCGGCGCACAGUGGAGGAGCUCCACAGGAAGGAGUAUGAGGUGGGGGGGAUGAAAGUAACUAUCAGCAUUAUGGACACCAGCGGGAGCUACUCCUUCCCUGCCAUGCGCAAACUCUCCAUCCAGAACAGCGAUGCCUUUGCGCUGGUUUACGCCGUGGAUGAUCCAGACUCCCUGGAUGCGGUCAAGAGGCUGCGAGAGGAGAUCCUGGAGGUCAAGGAGGACAAGUACACCCCGAUCGUGGUGAUCGGCAACAAGAUAGACCGGCAAAAAGAGCGGCGGGUGUCCAGCGAGGACGUGCUGUCCACGGUGGAAGUGGACUGGAACCACAUCUUCAUGGAGUCCUCGGCCAAGGACAACGUUAACGUGAUGGAGGCCUUCAGGGAGCUGCUGCACCGGGCCAACCUGCCCACCCAACUGAGUCCGGUGCUCUACAAGAGAAGGGAGACCUUCCCCAAGGAAAACAAGCGCCCCCCCAUGUGCAAGACCAACAGCUGCCUCCUUUCUUAGAGCUGGACCCAGAGAGAGAAGACUGUGCAGACCAGACCAGAAGAUUCAUGCUGACGAGACAAAAGCAAACUAACAGACGAUGUUUGGCGAGAUAUUCAAAUAUUUCCUUUUACUCGCAGCUCCAACAUACUCCUGCUAAGACAAACAUAACCAGAUGAAAACAAAGAUGAAGCUGUGGACAGGAUGAACGUGGUUGAACUCGAUGAACUCGAAUGUACCUGCUGUGAAUGUCAAAACACUGUGUGUCAUGUUUGGUUUGUGCUAAAACUAUUGAUGUUUCAGUCAGUAACUGUGAUCAUUUGGUGGGGGGGGGAAAUGUGGUCAGUCAGAAGAAAUAGUGUUUUUAUAUCUCUGAAUGUGAUCGUUUUGUAUUUGAAGUCAACAUAUGAAGAAAAUAAGCUGUGCACUUUAUAUUUGAAUGAUAUGUCGGUUGGAAACACACGCAUAGUCUGUUUAACAACCCCUAUUUGUUUGCAAAUCCUCACAGAUCUUAAGAAACAGGUUUUAUUUUGUCUGACAAAAUUGCUUGGAAGCAAAGGAAGAUCUGUGCACAUUUUUUCAUAGUUUCAGCAUUCAGUCUAAGGUUUUCUAUAGUCGCUUUAUAUUAAGGACAUUCAGAUAAGUUGUCAAAGCUUAACUGCAGCCUGUCUUAUCGUUUCUAAUGCAGACUUCAUGUGAAAAGAAAAAGUGUUCGUUGAACUAUGUCAUUUGAAAAGAGGAGGCUUUUGCAGCCAUAGAGAAGAAUUUGCAAUGUUUUAACAUCACAUUUGAAAAUUACUUUCAUUAAACAUCUUUAGGUAUUUAUUUAUUAAUCUUGCAGAAUUAACUAAAAAUAAUUAAUAAAUUAUUGACAUAAACCUACUUGUGAAUGUAAGAGCUUGAAUUAUUUUGUAGUCUGUACAAACAGUUGUGUGUUGUAAUGAUGUGUUUACACCUUGUUCCUCCUUCUUGAGAGCAGAUCUGUUCUAACCAGAUGAGAGUUAAAAUAAAACUGGAAAGAAAAAA